AUGAAGGGGGGCUGUGGAUCAUGAAGAGGCUGCUAUUCAGGUGAAGAGCAGGUUUACUUCAUGUUCUGGGACCAACUCUCCUUCUCAUUUGUCUUCCCUGCCUCCACUCACUCACAUACAUAUAGUCCACCUGGGGGGUGAAAAGUGUUUAUGGUCUCACAUACUUUUCCUGGAGGUGGAGGGCUAUUCAGAGAGUCCAAAAGGCACCACAGAAGACAAGCUUGAGUUGGGCUGACAGUUGCGUUGAGGGGGAGCAGGGAGUUGCUUCUCAUACCAGCAGAGGACAACCAGCGUGAUUGGACAUAUCACAGAUUGUUUCACCAGGCUACUGAGAUUUGGGAUUUAACAGUAUCAUGGAUGUACUCGCCUUAGAGGCAAAGAGCGUAAAUGGAGCCGACAAUGAUAAGAAGUCUUCAUCGAGGCCAAAACCGAAACCUCCCAAAAAGGCCAAAAGGAUUGUUUACUUUGAGGUGGAGAUCGUGGACUUAAAGACUAAAGAGAAACUGCUGCUGCUGGAUAAGGUGGAGCCAACUGCCACUGUUUUGGAUAUUAAAGCUUUGUUUCACAAAUCAUAUCCAAAGUGGUAUCCAGCCAGACAAUCCCUGCGUUUGGAUGCAAAGGCCAAGUGUCUCCGGGAUGAGGAAAUUCUACAGACACUUCCUGUGGGAACCACGGCCAGCUUUUACUUCAGUGAUCUCGGACCCCAGCUCACAUGGGGAACCGUGUUCCUGACAGAGUGUGUUGGCCCACUGAUCAUCUACCUAAUGUUCUACUUCCACCUUCCCUUCAUCUACUCCGCAAAGUAUGACUUCACCAGCAGCAAGCACUGGGUCGUACACUUGGCCUGCAUGUGUCACUCCUUCCACUACAUCAAGAGGAUCCUGGAGACGAUGUUUGUCCAUCGUAUCUCCCACGGGACCAUGCCUCUCAGAAACAUAUUUAAGAACUGUGGCUAUUACUGGUGCUCUGCAGCUUGGAUGGCGUACUACAUUAACCACCCUCUGUACACCACACCCUAUUACGGGCAGCAGCAGGUGAAUACAGGACUUUAUAUAUUCUUGUUCUGUCAAGUAGGGAAUUUUUCCAUCCAUGUUGCUCUUCGUAACCUCAAACUACACGGUUCAAAGACAAAGAAGAUUCCUUACCCAACGAAAAAUCCCUUCACAUGGAUGUUUUGGCUGGUCUCCUGUCCGAACUACACAUAUGAGGUGGGCUCCUGGAUCGGCUUCACAUUGAUGACCCAGUGUGUGCCCGUGGCUGUCUUCACUCUCGUGGGAUUCAUCCAGAUGACUGUGUGGGCCAAAGGCAAACACUAUGGCUACAUAAAGGAGUACAGAGAUUAUCCCACCCUGCGCUCCUCCAUACUCCCCUUCAUCCUGUAGAGCCGGGCAGAGGAAACAACGGUUGAUACCCAGAUCGGCUCCUUGUCAGAAAGUGUCUGCUGAGGUCAACAUCAUGGAGGGAGUUUGGUCAUACGGACGCCAUGUAACAUCUUCUUACAUGUCACUCCAGAGUGGCUGCUAUGGUUACUCUGAGUGCUGGACUGGUCCAUGCAGGACUGUUAGAGGCAAAAGGCAGCCAUCAGAGUUAAAUGCAGCAAAGUCUUAAUUUAAUGUUGUAUGUGAUCUUGAAGAGCAAGAGGACGAACAAAAAUAUUUUGCUACUUUGGUAAGUUGUAACAUGUUUGACUGUGAGUGCUGUUUAAGUUUUAUCGUAUAGCUUUAUUUUGACAACCUGAUCAGUGACGUUUCCCACAGAGCUGGACAACCAAGAGGCUAAUCUGCAUUGUCAAACUAGUGUGCAGCCUGGAGCUGACAACUUGUGGCCUCACGCAGUGUUCUGCUGUUACAAGUGACCUUUACACUAGUGCGAUCUGGACUAGAAAUUGUAUGCCGAUUGGCACGUUUUCCACCAUGGGUGAGGAAAAAUAUUUUCUUUUUUUUCUGUACAUAGAUAAAUCUAUUUCUGGUUUAGGAAACAUUAUGCAGAGAAAAACACUGCUGACAGCAUAAACACGCACACAUAUACCUCUUACUUACACAAGACGAUUAGAGUGCAAAGUGUUCAAGUGAAGAAGCUUUAAGAACAUCUUCAUAGUAUUACAGAUUUAGUAUUAAGUUUCUGCGUUGUGCCGGUUUUUUUUUCUAAAAUGUUGUGCAGACACAAACACAGACUGAAACCUCGUCUGAUGGUUCUUUCCAGGAUCAAUACA